AAGUUCAUACCUUUCUGCGGUAGCUCUUCUGGCUACUUUUGUGUUUAUUAUACUUUCGAAUCGGAAUAAAGGGGAAAAAAGCUAGUCAACACGCGACAAUCAAUACAAAUCACGGCAUAUCAACAACAUACACAGUUGAAAGUGCUCGCCAACAAACGAACGAUGGCUUCGAAAGCGCCAGCAUUGCAAGACGAUGAAAGAUUCGCUCUGAUGAAGUUCCGCCGACAAGUGGCAGAUGUGUUGAAACCCGAACAUGACGACUACUACCUUCUACGAUGGCUGCGAGCACGUUCCUGGAAUCCGGAGGCCGCCGAAAAGAUGCUGCGUGACUCGAUGAAGUUUCGCGAACGCUGGAAUGCCGACGACAUCGACAAGUGGCCCACGCCGCAGAUUCUUAAAGACUUGGCCCCGCAUGGCAUGGCGGGUUUCGACCGGGAGGGAUCGCCGAUCAUCAUCAUCCCCUUUUCCGGGUUCGAUAUCUGGGGCCUACUGCAUACGGUCUCCCGGGCAGACAUCAUCCGGAUGACACUGCAGGCUCUGGAGGGAUACAUGAAGGUGGCCUUCGAGCAGAGUGAAAAAAUGAACAAUCCGGCCUGCCGACAGUUUGUGGUAAUUUUCGAUAUGGAAAAUUUCAGUCUGAAACAGUACGUGUGGCGGCCGGCGAGCGAAGUGAUUAUUUCACUGAUCAAAAUGUACGAAGCAAACUAUCCAGAAAUUCUUAAAUGCUGCUACAUCAUCAACGCACCGAAAGUGUUUGCCUUCGCGUACAAUAUGGUGAAGAAAUUUUUGGGUGACUACACGAUCGACAAGAUCAAAAUUUACAAAUCGGACCGAAACAAGUGGCUACCGGCAAUCCUGGAUCGCUGUCCGGCUUCCCAGAUCCCGAAGCACUUCGGGGGCACCCAAACGGACGAGGAUGGGAAUCCCAAGUGCGAGAAGAAAAUCUGCUAUGGCGGAAAAGUACCAAAGUCCAUGUACACCUCCAAGGAGGAUAGCUUCAACAACAACCUCACCUUUACCGAGAUCGAGAUCAAGAAGGGCGGCAAGGUGAAGCUGACGUUCGACUGCGAGGACGCCGGGUGCUUCUUGAAAUGGGAAUUCCGCACCUUCGACCACGACAUCAAAUUCGGCAUCAAAUGUGUCAACAAGAAAACUCAGGAAAGUGUAAUCGAAGUCCCGCUGAAACGAGUAGCCUCCCACCAGGUGGACGAGUCUGGAUUUAUCACCUGUCAACCGGGAUGCACCUAUUCUGUCCUAUUUGACAACUCGUACAGCUACUUCAAGAACAAGAAAAUUCGCUAUUCGGUCCUGAUGACGACACCGCUCAGUGAAAUCGAACAGACGGCCAAUGCAAUCACCGUCACGGAAGAGGCAGUCGAAGUCACCGAGGAUUAGGUUUGGGUUAAUCAA